CCCAACCUGUGUUCACUAGACAUCAGCCUCCUGAAGAUCAUUACACGGAGUAGCCUGAGUAAGGCCAGUGCCCUGACGGUGACCAACUGCAACAUAACGAAGAAGAGGACGCUGUUCAUCAUCGCUGAAGGAGCCUUCCAGAGCCGUAGUGCUGUCUCUGCUACCUCCUACCAGCUAACACAGCCAUACAUAGGUGGUGCUGACUCAGCCUACGUCCAGCGUCUGUCCACCUCUAACAUCAGUAUGGACAUGGACACUUUCAUCAGCCUGGACCCUACUGUUAUACAGACUCUGGAUGUGAGCCAGGUCAAAGGUCUGCUGGGUUCUAACCUGCCAGAGCUGAGGAGCUAUGAGAACCAGAGCGUGGUCCAGACCUGGAUCAGCACCCGUUUCCAGGCCGACCUGGACUAUCUGGGGCUGGGUCUUAAGGGGGGCAAGGCUGACCCCACCUCGGUUGGUGUGGGAACCAUCCUACUUCCUAGUACCAGUGCAGGGGUAGCUGGAGGAAAUGGGGUAGUCACCACCGUGGCUGGAGGAGCUGGAGCAGUCACCACCGUGGCUGGAGGAGCUGGAGCAGUCACCACCGUGGCUGGAGGAGCUGGAGCAGUCACCACCGUGGCUGGAGGAGCUGGAGCAGUCACCACCGUGGCUGGAGGAGCUGGAGCAGUCACCACCGUGGCUGGAGGAGCUGGAGCAGUCACCACCGUGGCUGGAGGAGCUGGGGCAGUCACCACCAUGGCUGGAGGAGCUGGGGCAGUCACCACCGUGGCUGGAGGAGCUGGGGCAGUCACCACCGUGGCUGGAGGAGCUGGGGCAGUCACCACCGUGGCUGGAGGAGCUGGGGCAGUCACCACCGUGGCUGGAGGAGCUGGAGCAGUCACCACCGUGGCUGGAGGAGCUGCUACUACAGCGAGCGGCGGAGCGACCAACAGACCAACGUUCGGCCUCCACCUUCUCCUCGCCACUCUGGCCGUCGCUGUCCUGUACAUUCUACACUGAUUUCACAGAUAACUGACUCCAUAGCAUCAAGUCGCAUUCGGCUCAGACAGGGAAAAACAUCAUGUAAAGUUCUCAAACAGGAAACAAAAAUGUAUACAUUUAGAGUCAAGUAGUGCCUUAGAUAUUGUAAAUAUCACUGAAUACAAGGAUAUACUGGACCUAUCAAAAGACUAUAAAACAAUCUAGCACUUUAGUCACGUCAAUGUUUCUGCUCUGACAAGUUCUGCACACCAUUUUAUUUAAGUGUAUUCACUUUGUAUGUUGUUCUGUCUUGGUGGUUGGAAUGUUGUUGAAAUGAAGUCUGUUCUGUCUUGGUGGCUGGAAUGAAGUCUGUUCUGUCUUGGUGGCUGGAAUGAAGUCUGUUCUGUCUUGGUGGCUGGAAUGAAGUCUGUUCUGUCUUGGUGGCUGGAAUGAAGUCUGUUCUGUCUUGGUGGCUGGAACGUUGUUUAAAGAAGUAUUUUUAGGGCUCUAUUCAGUCUGUAUAGCUGAAAUGUAAAGGUCAUUUCCUAUUGAGCCGACAUCUGCAGCAUUUACCGUGACUGCCGUCUACGCUACGGGAACAUGCCCUUUACAUUUCAACCACGCCGUAACGCUGAACUUCCACCAUGUGGAUUGAAUAGAGCCCUUUGUCUUCGUCUUCCGUUCAAAAUAUGAAGCUAUUUCAUUAGAUGACAAAGAAGUCUUGUGUUGGUGAUGUCGUCUUUCUGGGACAGCCAUUUGUUUUAUCAGGGUUAGUAUCUCCAACACUUAUCUAGCGAGCCAAAACGCUGUUCAAUGUCAUGACCACCGAUUCCACUAGUGAAGGAUGAUUCUGUCAUUAGAAUGUCACUGUGCUUCUGUUCACGUCAGCUCAGACUGUUGUCUGUCUUCUCAAUGCUGCCAUUUGAUGCUACUAACUAGUCGAUGUUGAAUGUAUGAUUUAAUUAAUAAAAAUGUAUAUUAUUGCACAA